AUGGACUGCCCUGAGGGAUUUGCCUGUCAAGGGCGCCUGGGACGACCCCACCCUUCCCUUGUUAAGCCCCUUGUCCACCACAUCCGCGUUCCCCCGUCCUUGCCAGGGCCCUUGGCCCAGUUCCUGACCUUGGCAGUGGCCCAGGAUGACAGUGACAAGGUGCUGAGGGGUGAUGAGUGUGCGCCCCACUCCCAGCCAUGGCAGGUGGCCCUCUUCGAGCAUGGACGCUUUAACUGCGGUGGUUCCCUCAUCUCCCCGCACUGGGUGCUCUCUGCAGCCCAUUGCCAAACGCGCUACAUGAGAGCGCGCUUAGGCGAGCACAACCUGCGCCAGCGCGAUGGCCCAGAGCAACUGCGGGCUGUUUCCUCUGUCCCUCGUGCGCAGAGCCACCGUCACGAUAUCCGGUUACUGCGUCUAACCCGGCCCGCACGUGUCUCUACCAAAGUGCCCCGGGUCCCGCUGCCCACGCGCUGCCCCCAGCCCAGCGAGGCCUGUGUGGUGUGUGGCUGGGGCUUGGUGUCUGACAACAAGCCUGGGGCCACAGGGAACCCAGUGUCACAAGUGAGACUCCCAGAUAUGUUGCAUUGUGCCAGCAUCAGCAUUACCUGGGCCACGUCUCGUAACAAGGACCGUGCAGGGCGCCUGGUGAACACCACGGUGCGUGCGGGCGGUGACUUCAGGGGACCCCUGGUCUGUGGGGAUGUCCUGCAGGGCAUUGUGUCCUGGGGUGAUGUCCCCUGCGAUACAACCACCAAGCCCAGUGUCUGUACCAAGGUCUGCAGCUACUUGGAGUGUAUCAAGGGAACCACAAAGAGGAACUGA